AUGGGGACUGUUGAGAAAACUUUAAAGUGUCCCGUCUGCCAGGACUUCUUCACAGAUCCGGUGACGCUGCCGUGCGGACAUGAUUUCUGUCUCACCUGUAUCCAGGCUGUGUGGGAAACAGAUGGACCUAAUGAGGGUCCUUUCUUCUGUCCAGAGUGUCAGGUAUUUCUCCCCUCUGACCUCAAUCUGGAGAAAAACACCAGCCUUCAAACCAAAGUAAUGGACUUCACCACUAACAGACCUUCAACAGCAGAGCUACAGACAACAACACCAAGCAGGGCAACCAAAUCAUCUUCAACUAUCCAUUGCGACCACUGCAUACAGACACCAUCGGUGGCCAUAAGGACCUGUCUGACCUGCGAUGCCUCACUGUGCCAGGCUCACGCCCUGCUGCACCAGCAGAGGUCUGCUCUGCGGGACCACACAGUUGUGGAGGUGACAGGGGAUCCGCUGUCUCUGAAGUGCAGGGAGCACCGCGAUGAGCUCAAGCUCUUCUGUAUGGAGGAAAGGGUCCCCGUGUGCUGUUUGUGUGUCCUCGUUGGCGUGCACAAGAACCACAAAGCGUCUCAACUCCAUGAAGCCUGCACUGACUUCAAGGUGAAUAUCAGUAUUGUUUUGUCACUGUCAUAG